AGGGAGGGGCUGCCUAGUCCUCGCGAGGCUUCGUUCUCGCGGAGGAGGAGGCGGCGGCGGGCAGCCGGUGGGGAUGCGCUCGGAAGAGGGAGCCGGAGGCCUGGGCGCAGCCCUUUCUGCGCGGGGCCCAAGCUGGAGGGAGAAGCUGGCGGGACCGGAGGUCCAGUUCCUCCGCGAGUCGCAGCGGAGGGAACCCGCGGGGCCGCCUGCCUCGCCUUUCGGUGACAGCGGGGCCGGCAAGCCUCGCGAGGACAAGAGGUCGGCCCUGAGCAAGGUAGUACUCAGGCGGCUGCCCCCGGGCCUCACCAAAGAGCAGCUGGAAGAGCAACUGCGCCCCUUGCCCGCACACGAUUACUUCGAGGUGGUAGCUGCGGACCUCAGUCUCUAUCCUCACCUCUACUCAAGAGCAUACAUUAAUUUUAGGAACCCUGAUGACAUCCUCCUGUUCAGAGACCGCUUUGAUGGCUAUAUCUUCAUUGGCAAUAAAGGCCUGGAGUACCCUGCAGUGGUGGAGUUUGCGCCAUUCCAGAAGAUUGCCAAAAAGAAGCUGAAGAAGAAAGACGCCAAGACUGGAAGCAUUGAAGACGAUCCAGAAUAUAAACAGUUUCUGGAAUCAUACACUUUGGAGGAAGAGAGAACCAGUGCGAGUCCUGAGACACUGCUGGGAGAGAUAGAAGCGAAGACACGAGAACUCCUUGCCAGAAGAACCACACCUCUUUUGGAAUAUAUUAAAAGUAGAAAAUUAGAAAAGCAGAGACUCCGAGAAGAAAAACGUGAGGAGCGCAGGAGGAGGGAGCUCGGAAAGAAGCGUUUACGGGAAGAAGAGAAAAGGAGAAGGAGAGAGGAGGAGAGGUGUAAAAGGAAAGAGGCGGAGAAGCAGCAGAGAGCUGAGAAGGAAGUGAGGAUUAAGCUUCUUAAGAAACUGGAAGCAGGAGAAGAAGCAACCACAGAGAAACCCAAAGAAAGAAGUGAAGCAGUUGGCAUUGGAGAUGAAAAACAGGAAGCCCGGCCUGCAGAGUACGCGCCAGAGACGCCUGGAGAGAGGUUACAGGAUGGCAGUGAUAAAGAGCAAAGGGACAAAAGAUUUCGAGAGAAAGAACCUGAAACUCCAAGAUGUCACCCAGAUGGUUGCAGAAAGCACAGCAUUCACUCAGAGCUUGCCAGGUUUUCCAGGAGGAAUGAAGACGAGUCAAAAUGGGGAAAAGGCUUCACCCAGGAGAGAGGGAAAAGAGGGGGCCAGGACGGAAGUGUCCCUGUGGACAUGGCAGACAGAGUGAGCAAGGAGCAGAUGGAGCCCGACAGCCCGGGGCUGAGAAAGGAGCGCGGGGGACACGGGGUUCUGUAGUCCUGCGGGCCUGCCUUCCCUGUUGGGGUGUGCCAGGGACAGAGUGUGCCUAGCAGUCUCACAACUGUGUCCCCAAGUACACACCCUUAUUAGACUAAACAAAGAAGAAUCUGCUUACGUGUGUGUAGGUCCAGGGUUGCACUCUGUCUGUGUUAGCUCACAUGCCCACUUG